CUUCGCUUGACCCUCAGAUACACCCCACACAUGUUUUCGCAGACUGUUCGGUCAGUUCGGGUCCUUGCGACAAGGUGCAUGAGCACUGGUUCCAAGCACAGUAGCAUGCAAUGGGAGGCUGCUGUGCAGACAUUCCGCAAUAUCAGCGACUCUCUCCAGCAGCACCAGGAUGCAGACCUGCUGACGCGAGCCAAAGGGCUGGGUGAGAUGAUCGGCCUCGCCAACGAUGCCAACGACCAAGACCUGAAGCAGGCACUGAUUGAUGACGACAUUCAGCGACUAGCUCAGGACUACGAGGAGCUCAAGCUACAGUGCCUUUUAAGCACCGAAGAAAACGCUGACGCUGCUAUGACCAUCACUGCGGGUGCCGGCGGCAUUGACAGCUGCGACUGGACACGCAUGCUUGUGGAGAUGUACACUGGCUGGGCACAUUCCAGGGACUUCAGAUUCUCCGACAUCAGCACCGUCCACGGUGAGCGUGCCGGAUAUCGCACCAGCACGUUCCGUAUUUCUGGCGAUUUCGCGUUCAGCUGGCUCAAAGGCGAGGCCGGGGUGCAUCGUCUUGUGCGGAUUUCGCCAUUUGACGCCAAGGGAAAGCGACACACGUCAUUUGCGUCGGUACUGGUGUACCCAAUAGCACCAUCAUAUGAAAAGGCUGCAGCAGACAUCCAGGCUAAGGACCUGCGCGUUGACACAUUCAGGUCCAGCGGUGCCGGCGGCCAGCAUGUCAACAAGACCGAGAGCGCAGUACGCAUCACUCAUAUCCCGACCGGAAUCACUGUCGAGUGCCAGGCGCAGCGAUCGCAGAUACAGAACCGCGCUGCAUGCAUGGAGUUGCUGCAAGCCCGGCUGAAACAGAUGGAGAACGACAAGCGCCAGCAAGAGAAGGCGGCAGAGCGCAGCCAGCUGCCCGAAAACGCAUGGGGAUCGCAGGUGCGCUCGUACGUGCUCCAGCCGUACCAGAUGGUAAAAGACAGUCGCACACACAUAUCCACCGCACGCAUCGACGCGGUCUUGAAGGGCGACAUCGAGCAGUUCCUCAGGGCAUCUCUUGAAGCAAAAUAAACGACGAA